AUGUGUCAAUUCCACGCCCACGACGUCAACACCAACUCCAAUUUCCACGAUGUGGUCACCAAGCAUACUCAGUUGAAACUAGCCGUCGAAUUCGAUCAAAAGAUCUUGACGGGAAGCGCGAUUCUUACCCUGGAGCCCCUCAAACCAGAGGGCCUCGAUACUGUCAUUCUCGACACCAGUUACCUCAACAUCCUCAGCCUAAGUGUGGGUGGGGAACAAGUCCAAUGGCAGCUGGGCCAAGCCACAGACCAAAAUGGCCGCCCACUCACUGUGCAGCUUGGUCGCAGCUACGCCAAGGGUGAGAUUUUGGAGCUUGAGAUUCACUUUGAGACUACCAACCAAUGCACCGGCCUCCAAUGGUUCAGUCCCGAGCAGACAGAUGACAAGCUGUACCCCUUCCUCUUUUCUCAGGGAGAGCCCGUCCACGCACGCUCCAUUUUCCCUUGUCAAGACACUCCUUCCGUCAAGACGACAUUUGACAUAGCCAUCUCGUCCCCAUUGCCGGUUGUCGCAAGUGGUAUCCCUCAACAUGACCUUCUGUUUCCUGCUGUUUCCAACAUGGAGGAGACGAAAGAGUACAAGUUUCAGCAAGAUGUUCCCACCUCUAAUUACCUGUUUGCCAUCGCUAGCGGCAACCUAUCGGGAGCAAAGAUUGGCAAGAUGAGCUAUCUGUACUCCGCGCCAUCGAGCUUAGAAGCAGCUGUGGCUGAGCUUCAACCCGAUAUUGACGCAAUUAUUGACGCUGCCGAGAACCUCAUUUUCACGAACCCCUGGCCUUUAUACAACCUCGUCAUCCUCCCCAAAUCCUUCCAUCUCGGCGGAAUGGAAAACCCCGUCUUCAACUUCUACAGCGCGACUGUCAUUUCUGGCGACCGAGAGAACAUCUCCGUCGUCGCGCACGAGUUUGCGCACAAUUUUAGCGGCAACCUGGUUACAAACUCCUCGUGGGAGCAUUUCUGGUUGAAUGAAGGUUGGACCGUUUACGCCGAGCGCGAGAUUCUCCGCCAGAUCAAGGGCGAGAAGGCAGCCGUAUUUGAGGCAAUUGUCGGCUGGAACGAGCUCGUCUAUGGCAUCGAGUCGUACGGAGGCAGCGAGAGCCCAGAGACAAGCUUGGUCUUGGACCUACAGGGCAAGCGACCAGAUGAUGUCAUGUCCAAGAUUUCGUAUGAGAAGGGAUAUACGUUUCUGUGCUUUUUGGAGAAGUUGGUUGGACGCGAGAAGUGGAUGCCUUUCAUCCCACAUUAUUUCGGAAAAUUCUCAAGGGCAACACUUGACUCAGACACGUUCAAAACUACGCUUUUGGAGUUUUUCUCUCAGGAUGCUACCGCAACGGAAGCCCUCAACUCCAUCAACUGGGAUGAAUGGUACCACAAGCCUGGCUUGCCCCAGAAGCCCGAUUUUCACUCUCCAGAGUACGAUGAAUGCCUCAGCCUUGCACAGAAGUGGAUCAACAUGACUUCUGAUUCAAAUGCCUCGGUAUCUGCUACCGAUGUUGAUGGCUGGAGCGCUGGCCAGCUGAACGUGUUUCUCGACGCCCUUCUGGACUCGCCAACACCCAUCACUUUGGACUCUUCCCAGCUUCUUGGCACUCUGUAUGGGCUAAGGAAGUUGACCAAUUUUGAGGUGUUAUCGCGAUAUUUACGAGUCGGCUUGAAGGCAGGAGACCGAGGUCUCUUUGAAGUCACCGAGGCUUUCCUCGGAGAAACUGGACGAAUGAAGUUUGUCAGGCCGCUCUUCGAAUGUUUACAAAGUCUAGAUAAAGAGUUUGCUAGCAAGAUCUUUCACAAGUAUAAGAGGUUUUACUAUCCUACUUGUAUUCGUCUGUUGGAAAAGGUGCUUAGGAUUACGCUAAAGUAA